AUGAGAAAAUAUACUACUGGAAACAGCAAUUUGGCAUUUGUAUUUGACAUUGACGGUGUGCUCAUCCGGGGAGAAAAGGCAAUUCCCGGGGCUGGACCCACACUUGAGCUUUUGAACGAACACAAGGUUCCAUUCAUCUUGUUGACAAAUGGCGGCGGAGUUCUGGAGAAGGAAAGAGUGCAGUUCAUAUCUGAAACCGUGCAAGUUCCCAUUUCUCCUUUGCAGAUUGUUCAGAGCCAUACCCCAAUGAAGGCAUUGGCCCAUAAACAUGCUUACGACCGGGUCUUGGUAGUUGGUGGUCCCGGAGAUAAGGCUAGGCACUGUGCCAUUGGUUAUGGAUUCCACGAUGUAAUAAUGCCUAUAGACAUUGUUAGAGCCAAUCCGGCCGUAUCGCCUCAUCACAGAUACACAGUCGAAGACUUUGACCGUUACUCCCGGGAAGUCGAUUUAAAGAAACCCAUUGAGGCCAUCUUGGUGUUUAAUGACCCCAGAGACAUGACAACUGAUAUUCAGAUUGUUUCAGAUUUGCUCAAUUCAGAUCACGGAGUUAUAGGAACGAAGCGCUCUAUCACGAAGUUGAAACAUCGUGAAGACCCGUCUAUCCCCAUCAUAUUCAGUAACAAUGACUUCCUCUGGGCCAAUGACUAUGCGUUGCCACGUUUUGGUCAAGGUGCAUUUAGAAUAAUCGUAGAGAACUUGUAUCGUGAAGUUAACCAAUUGAAAGACAGCCAACAUUUGCACUCUAUAAUUAUGGGCAAGCCGUUCAAGAUUCAGUACGACUUCGCCCACCAUGUGCUUAUUGACUGGCGCAACAAGCUUUUGGCAAACGAUACAAGCUCACAAUCGCAAUUCUUGCCUAACUUAGGUAGUGAACCCAAGAAUUCGCCGUUUAAGAGCAUUUUCAUGGUGGGUGACAAUCCGGCCUCUGACAUUAAGGGUGCUAACGACAAUGGGUGGGAGUCCAUUCUCGUCAGAACAGGUGUCUACGACAAUGAGGAUUUAAGCACGAUCAUCGCCCAGCCUACUGUGGGAGUAUUUGACGAUGUCUAUGCGUCUGUCGAAGCAGUCUUGAAAUCUCAAAAGAUUCUCUAG